UGGAAGUCGUCAGAAAGAAAAGAGCUCACAAAAGACAGAGGUAUUAAAAUACCAGAAUUUUCUCGUAAACAUAAAUGGGACUUUAAAUCUUAUAAACUGUGAGCUGAAAGUGUUUUGCGCCCAAAAAGGUAAAGUGACGCUGUGACCGGUUCUUUUUUUAACUCCCAACUUAACUCUCAACUCAUUGAAGGGAAAAACAAUAACUGAGCUCUGCAUAUUAUUUUUGGAUUAAAUGGAAGCUGUGCCAAAUCAACAGAGAAACAGCCUGCAAAAUGUUGAGAAAAACAAAGCCAAAAACAAAAUCCCCAAUGAUGUUGAGAUGGAUAUUGAAAACCUGUAUGAAAUCCUGCCACAGCUUUCUCAAAUCUUUCGUAUCAUAGACAAAAUCGGAGAAGGUACUUUCAGCUCAGUAUAUUUGGCAGAAGCGCAGAUGAAUGACGGUUCAAGAAGGAUGUUUGCUUUAAAGCAUUUGAUUCCCACCAGUCAACCGAUGCGCAUUGCUGCUGAACUCCAGUGCCUGACUGUUGCUGGAGGGACAGAAAAUGUGAUGGGGGUCACUUACUGCUUUAGGAAAGAGCAUCAUGUGGUCAUUGUCAUGCCAUACAUGGAGCAUCAAGCUAUUGGGGAAAUUGCUGGAUCACUGGCUUUUGAGGAAGUGAAGCAUUACAUCUUCCAUCUCCUCAAAGCUCUGAGCCACAUUCAUAAGUUUGGCAUCAUCCAUCGGGACAUCAAGCCGACAAAUUUCCUGUAUAAUCGACAGAAGAAAGAGUAUGCUCUAGUUGAUUUUGGUCUGGCGCAGGGCACUACAGACACCCAAAUAGAACUGCUAAAGGUGGUGAAAUCAAAAGCUUAUAAAGGUGGUGGGUCUUCAGGGAUGGUGAAGGAUUCACUUGGAAAACAGAAACUUGUGCCUUUACCACCCAACAAUAGAAAUCCUGCUGUCCACUCCAGCAUUAAAGCACCUGUUAAAAGAUCCUUCCCACCCUCACGUGUUAAACACACCAAGGAACUGUUGGAAUCAAGGUGUGUAUUUGGAGAAAGAAACUUAAACAACACAAACACAAAGCCCAGCGUUGAGAAGGUUGAGGGUCAGCUGUUAAAGCCGAACAAAGAGGAAGCAGUCCCAUGCAAAAUUGUUUCCACAAAACGUCGUUUAGUCCCUGUGAGAGCUCCGCUGAAUGGUCAGGCGCAGAAAGACACUCCUGUAACUCUGACUCUGAGUGCUCAGAAACUCAACCCAGCCGCUGUCUGUCAGACACUCACCUGCAGCUGUUACAUGACUGACCGCAUCUGUAACGUCUGCUUGUCUAGGAAACAGCAGGUGGCUCCUAGGGCUGGUACCCCGGGCUUUAGGGCACCUGAAGUCCUUACUAAGUGCCCCAACCAGGGAACAGCUAUUGACAUGUGGUCAGCAGGUGUUAUAUUACUGUCGCUGCUGAGUGGCAGGUAUCCGUUCUUCAAAGCCAGUGACGAUCUAAUUGCUCUAGCUCAGAUCAUGACCAUUCGAGGAUCUAAAGAAACAAUAGAAGCUGCCAAUAAGUUUGGAAAAUCUAUAGUGUGCAGCCAGGAGCUCCCUCGACUAAACCUGAGGAUUCUCUGUGAGACUCUGAGAGGUUUGAGAACAUGUGAUGGGUCACUUCCUGCUGAGUUUCAAGUGUCACAUCACCCAACAGAUGCAGGUAGCGCAGCUAAUAGAGGCUCACUCAGGAGUGAUGAAGAGCUGCAGGAGAUGGGUUGGUACAAAGUGCCUGAUGAAGUAUAUGACCUCCUGGAUAAACUCUUAGAUUUAAACCCAGAAACAAGAAUAACAGCCGUUAUGGCACUGCAGCAUCCACUCUUCAAUGACAUGACAGAUUCAUUGAUGUAAAUCCUUGUUAUUUUUCUGUGCAUGUUACACAAAAACACAAUUAUUUGUCAUUUUACUGUACAAAGUUAAUGUAUUUAUGAUUUUUUUUGUUUCUUGCAUCCCUUUUGAGAAUCAGUUUUAUA